CCCAUCCUGACGAACCGUAAGAACCACCAGGGCUGGCCACAAGUGGUGUCGCAGGACAUUAUACAUCAUGUUCACAGCCUAAAAAGUGCUGUCUCCGUGGUGGUUGGCCAAGUAAAAGGCAGGACCAUGCUGCCUCUUCCAGCAGGCUCAGAGGGAAUCGAGAACAUUGAUCUGGAACGUGAGAAAUUCCUGGAGCUGAUAGAUAAAUCCCUUGUGCAUGCCACUGAGUCAGCUAUCAUAGACUGGAGCUACCAGAUCCAGAGAGCACUGAAGAAAGAGUCCUCAGAGCCUCUCCUGCAAGGCAGCAACCCCAGCCCGAAGGUGGAGCUGGAGUUCUGGAAGCACAGGUGUGAUGACCUGGAGUGCAUUUACAACCAGCUGACGACAAGGAAGGUCAGGAACAUGAUGGAGGUGCUAGAGAGAAUCGAGAGCAGCUACUUCCCAGCCUUCAAGUCUAUGCUUAUGGAUGUUGAAGCAGCUUUGACUGAAGCCCGGGACAUUCACCUGCACCUGCUGCCCCUCAGACGCCAUUUGGAGGCCAUAGAGAGGGCUGAGUUCAGCGAGGUGAAGCCUCUCCUGCUCCCCCUGCUCCACGUGGUGUGUUUGGCCUGGGUCACCUCCCAGCACUACAGCGUACCCGCGCGGGUGGUAGUGCUGCUCCAGGAAAUCUGCAAUCUUCUCAUCCAGCAGGCCCUGGUGUACCUCUCUCCAGAAGACCUUCUAAAAGGGGAGAUGGAAGAGAGCCUGGGCAAGGUGCGAAUGGUGCUCAGCAUCCUAAAUGCAUUCAAAGGGGCAUUUGAGGACAGAAGGGAAAAACUUCACACAUAUUAUGAACCGGGCCAAGAAGUGAAGGAGUGGGACUUCCAUGCCACGAUGGUGUUUGCAAGGCUGGACAGUUUCCUGAAGAGACUGGGGAUGGUGGAGGAUCUCCUGACAAAUGCCUUGGACCUGAUGAAGCUGGAAAAGAUCGAGUUCAGCGGGAUUAAAGGGAAAGCCCUGAGUCAGCAGGUCCUGGAUGUGUAUGAGGAAUUCCAGGAAGCAUACAAGGUGUUUGCAGAGCGAACCUAUGACUGCCUCGACCUGACCAACACGGAUUUUGAGCAAGAUGCCUUUGAUUUCAUGCAAAAAGUAGAAGACAUCGACCGGCGGCUGGCAACUAUUUUCAUCCAGGCUUUUGAUGAUGCUUCGGACUUGGAGCAUGCCUUUAAGUUGCUGUACAUGUAUGGGAGCCUUUUGGAGCGGCCAGUAAUCGCUGCGGAUACUGCUGACAAAUACUCUGUCCUCAUCAGCAUGUUCAACAGUGCUUUGAAUGAUGCUAGUUUGAUCUACUCCAGGCACAUCCAGGCAGAGCUGGAGCUCGGAUCCCCUCCUGUGCACAAGAACAUGCCAGUGGUAGCUGGAGCGCUGGGCUGGGCUCGGGAGCUGAGAGCACGAAUCCAGGCACAGUUUGGUCGCUUCAGGCACAUCACACAUCCCUGCCUGGACUCUGCUGAAGGAAGAAGGGUGAUAGAAAAGUAUGAAGAAAUGCUCCAGCUGCUUGACAGGUAUCAGGAAAAGCUGUAUGUAGACUGGUCCCAGACGGUCUCUGAAAAAUCACAGUACAACCUCACUCAACCACUCAUCCGACGAGAUCCAGAAACCAAACUGAUCACAGUCAAUUUUGAUCCCCAGUUGGUUUCAGUGCUGAGGGAGGUGAGCUACCUGUGCGGCAGCCAGAUGGGAGACAUCCCACCAACGGCUGCAGCAAUCUAUUCCUCCAAGGAAUCGUACCGACAGAUGGUGGCCAACUUGGAGCUGAUGGUGAACAGAUACAACAAGAUCCUGAAGACAGUCCUGGAGGUUGAGUACCCUUUAAUACAGGGGGAGCUGCAGGAUAUUGACCUGAGGCUGAAAGAGGCAGAGGAAACACUGAACUGGAAGACGGAGGGUGUCUGGGAUCACAUCUCCGUGGUGAUGGAUGCUGUCCAUGACCUUGAGCGGCGGACACAGAAAGCCAAAAACAAUGCUGAGGAAAUCCAGACCAUCGUGCGAUCAUGGGGGUCACCCAUAUUUGAGAGGAAAGAUGGUAAAAAGGAGUCACUGCUGAGCCUUGAGGACUGUAAGGAUCGGCUGGAAAAGCGCUACAGCCUGGUCCGAGAGUCAGGGCUAAGGAUUCAUUCACUGCUGAAGGAAAAUCAGAGCCUCUUAACUGCAGACCCAGCAUCUGAUGUCUGGAAGGCCUAUGUGGAUUAUGUGGAUGAGAUAGUCCUGGACGGAUUCUUUACUGCCAUUGAGUGCUCACUCAAGUACCUCCUGGAAAACACAGAUCCCAAGGCAGGUCUUGCUCCUGUGUUUGAGGUGCAACUGGAUUUAGUGAUCCCAGAUGUGAUUUUUCGUCCGUCCCUGGACCCUGGCACAAAUGAUGGCUUCUAUGACAUGGUGGAAGGUCUUCUCAAUGACAUCUACCGGAUCUCAUCGCUGGUGCCCAGGCUUGCCAAGCACAGUGGCUUCCCCCACUACCAGGCUGACAUGGAGGACAUGGCUGAUCUGGCUGACAUGCGCCAUGACCUGAUGGGACGCGUGCAAGCCGUGAUGGCAGCCUGCUGUGAUUACCGUAAUGCCUUCGACCACUACUCUUACCUCUAUGGUGAUGACAGAAAGGAGUUCUUCCGCCAGUUCCUUCUCUACGGACACAUCCUCACUGCUGUAGAAAUUGAGGCUCAUGCAGAGGAUGGGGUCCCUGAGACACCUCCCACGCUUCAGCAGUUCAAAGAGCAGAUUGACUCCUAUGAGAAGAUUUAUGAGGAGGUGAAUCGCAUCGAGCCCAUCAGCAUCUUCCAGAGCUGGUUAAAAGUCGAUGCUCGACCUAUCAAGGCAUCCUUGCUGAAUGUAAUAAAAAGGUGGAGUUUGGUAUUUAAGCAGCAUCUCAUUGACCAUGUCACACACAGCUUGAAUGACCUUGAAGAGUUCAUAAAGAUUGCUGAUAAAGGGUUGAGCAAAAAGGUUGAGAAAGGAGAUUAUGAUGGCUUGGUGGAGAUUAUGGGUCAUCUCAUGGCUGUUAAAGAAAGGCACAGUGUCACUGAUGCCAUGUUUGAGCCCCUGAAGCAAACCAUCGAACUGCUGAAGACUUACGAGCAACAGCUGCCAGAGGAAGUCUAUAAGCAACUAGAGGAGCUGCCAGAAAAAUGGAACAAUAUAAAGAAGCUGGCAAUAGCUGUGAAGCAGCAUGUGGCUCCUUUGCAGGCAAACGAGAUGACAGCUCUGCGCAAGAGCUGUGCAGCGUUUGAUGUUGAGCAGCACAGAUUCAGAGAGCGAUUUCGGAAAGAAGCACCAUUCAGGUUUGACACCGAAAAGCCUUAUCAACUGCUGGAUGCAAAGAACCUUGAGAUUAAACAAAUGGAGUCAGCCAUGACCUCGAUAUAUGAAUCAGCUGGUCUGUUUGAAGUCAUGGUGCCAGAUUAUAAACAACUGAAGCAGUGCAGAAAGGAGAUGCGUCUUCUCAAAGAGCUCUGGGAUGUGAUCUCCGUUGUGAAUACUAGCCUUGAUGACUGGCAGACCACCAAAUGGGCGGAUAUUAAUGUGGAAAACAUGGAUCUUGAGUGCAGAAAGUUUGCAAGAGAGAUUCGGAAUUUGGAUAAGGAAAUGAGGGCAUGGGAUGCUUUCACCGGGCUGGACAGCAGGGUGAAGAACAUGCUGACGGCCCUAAAAGCUGUGGCAGAACUUCAAAAUCCUGCUAUUAGAGAGAGACACUGGAAUCAACUGAUGCAGGUGGCAGGCGUGAAGUUCGUGAUGGACUCAGACACCAUGCUGGCUGAUCUCCUGAAACUCAAUCUGCAUAACUUUGAGGAUGAGGUUCGUGGAAUUGUGGACAAAGCAGUGAGAGAAAUGAGUAUGGAGAAGGUCCUGAAGGAGCUAAAAAUGACAUGGAGCACCAUGGAGUUUCAGUAUGAGCCUCACGCACGGACAAACAUUCCAUUGCUGAAGUCGGAUGAGGAACUCAUUGAAACUUUAGAAGAUAACCAGGUGCAGCUGCAGAAUUUAAUGACAUCCAAAUAUAUUGCUUUUUUCUUGGAGGAAGUGUCUGCAUGGCAGAGGAAGCUGUCUACUGCGGACUCUGUCAUUUCUCUCUGGUUUGAAGUGCAGCGUACGUGGUGUCACUUGGAGAGCAUAUUCAUAGGCUCAGAAGAUAUACGGACGCAGCUUCCUGAGGACUCCAAACGCUUUGAAGGUAUUGAUGUUGAUUUUAAAGAAUUGGCCUGUGAAGCUCAGAAAACCCCAAAUGUAGUUGAGGCCACCAACAAACCAGGUCUGUCCCAACAACUGGAGGACGUUCAGAGUAGGCUGUCUCUAUGUGAGAAGGCUUUGGCUGAAUAUUUGGACAUGAAGAGGUUGGCCUUUCCCAGAUUUUACUUCAUUUCUUCUGCAGAUUUAUUGGAUAUUCUUUCCAAUGGCACCAACCCACAGCUGGUACAACGUCAUCUUUCCAAACUCUUUGACAACCUGGCCAAGAUGAAGUUCCAGCUGGACUCUGAGCAAAAGCCAACCAAGAUUGGCCUGGGAAUGUACAGCAGAGAGGAGGAAUAUGUCAGCUUCAGCGAACACUGUGACUGCAGCGGGCAGGUUGAGGUCUGGCUGAAUCAUGUACUGGACAGCAUGAGGGCUACAGUUAGAGAUGAGAUGACAGAAGCUGUAUCAGCUUAUGAGGAGAAGCCAAGGGAACAGUGGCUCUUUGACUACCCUGCCCAGGUGGCUCUUUCCUGCACCCAGAUUUGGUGGACGACCGAGGUUGGGAUUGCCUUUGCCAGGGUGGAGGAAGGCUACGAGAAUGCAAUGAAGGAAUAUCACAAGAAGCAAGUGACCCAGCUGAACACCCUUGUAACCAUGCUGAUUGGGCAGCUCUCCAAGGGUGACAGGCAGAAAAUCAUGACCAUAUGCACCAUCGAUGUCCACGCUCGGGAUGUGGUGGCAAAGAUGAUAGCGCAGAAGGUGGACAACGCGCAGGCGUUUGUUUGGCUGUCACAGCUCCGGCACAGAUGGUCGGAUGAGGAGCGUCACUGCUUUGCCAACAUCUGUGACGCCCAGUUCCUCUACUCCUACGAAUACCUUGGCAAUACCCCUCGGCUUGUGAUCACUCCACUGACCGACAGAUGUUACAUCACCCUGACGCAGUCACUGCACCUGACCAUGAGCGGAGCACCUGCAGGCCCUGCAGGCACUGGCAAGACAGAGACUACUAAAGAUUUGGGGCGAGCCCUAGGCAUCAUGGUGUAUGUGUUUAACUGCUCCGAGCAGAUGGACUACAAGUCUUGUGGGAAUAUUUACAAAGGCCUUUCACAGACGGGAGCCUGGGGCUGCUUUGAUGAGUUUAACAGGAUCUCAGUUGAGGUCCUUUCUGUGGUGGCUGUACAGGUAAAGAGUGUGCAGGAUGCAAUAAGGGAGAAGAAGAAAUCCUUCAAUUUUCUUGGAGAAGACAUUAACUUAGUACCUUCAGUAGGUAUUUUCAUCACCAUGAACCCUGGUUAUGCAGGGCGAACUGAGCUACCUGAGAAUUUAAAAGCUCUAUUUAGGCCGUGUGCGAUGGUUGUGCCAGACUUUGAGCUGAUCUGUGAAAUUAUGUUGGUGGCUGAGGGAUUCAUUGAGGCCCGCGCAUUAUCCAGGAAGUUCAUUACUCUGUACCAGCUCUGCAAAGAGCUCCUGUCCAAGCAGGAUCACUAUGACUGGGGCUUGCGGGCUAUCAAGUCAGUGCUAGUUGUCGCUGGCUCCCUCAAGCGAGAUGACCCAGAGCGACCUGAAGACCAAGUUCUGAUGCGCUCUCUUCGUGACUUCAACAUCCCCAAGAUUGUGACUGAUGAUGUACCGGUGUUUAUGGGGCUGAUUGGGGAUCUUUUCCCUGCGUUGGAUGUGCCUCGGAAACGAGACCUGAAUUUUGAGUCUUUUGUGAGGCAGGCUGUGUUGGACCUCCGACUGCAGGCUGAGGACAACUUUGUGCUCAAAGUGGUGCAGCUGGAGGAGCUGCUGACAGUUCGGCACUCUGUCUUUGUGGUGGGUAACGCAGGCACGGGCAAGUCCCAGGUGAUGAGAUCUCUGCACAGGACUUACCAGAUAAUGAAGCGACGGCCUGUCUGGACAGACCUCAACCCUAAAGCUGUCACCAACGAUGAGCUUUUUGGGAUCAUUAACCCAGCAACGAGAGAAUGGAAAGAUGGACUGUUUUCAUCAAUCAUGCGAGAGCUGGCCAACAUCACACAUGAUGGUCCCAAGUGGAUGGUACUAGAUGGGGAUAUUGAUCCGAUGUGGAUUGAGUCUCUUAAUACAGUGAUGGAUGAUAAUAAGGUGCUGACCCUGGCAAGCAAUGAGAGAAUCCCUCUGAACCCGACGAUGCGGCUGGUCUUUGAGAUCAGCCAUCUGCGCACAGCCACGCCAGCAACCGUGUCCAGAGCAGGGAUCCUGUACAUCAACCCAGGAGAUCUGGGCUGGAAUCCUCCAGUGAGCAGCUGGAUUGACAGGCGAGAGAUCCAGUCAGAAAGAGCCAACCUGACCAUUUUGUUUGAUAAGUACCUGCCGCCUUGUCUGGACACCCUCAGAACAAGGUUUAAGAAGAUUAUUCCCAUUCCUGAGCAGAGCAUGGUUCAGAUGUUGUGCUACCUCCUUGAAUGUCUUCUGACGGAGGAGAACACACCUCCUGACUGUCCCAAGGAGCUGUAUGAGCUUUACUUUGUCUUUGCUGCUGUCUGGGCCUUUGGUGGAUCAAUGUUUCAAGACCAGCUUGUGGACUACAGAGUGGAGUUCAGCAAGUGGUGGGUGGCAGAAUUCAAGACUAUUAAGUUUCCCUCUCAGGGAACAGUCUUCGACUUUUACGUUGAUCCCGAAACAAAGAAGUUUGAGCCUUGGUCUAAACUGAUUCCCCAGUUUGAAUUUGAUCCAGAAAUGCCGUUACAGGCUUGCCUGGUGCCCACUACUGAGACGGUCCGGCUGCGGUACUUCAUGGACAGGCUCCUGGAGCGCCAGCGCCCCGUGAUGCUGGUGGGCAACGCGGGCACAGGGAAGUCUGUGCUGGUGGGGGACAAGCUCUCCUCUCUGGACACGGAUGCGUAUGUGGUAAAGAAGGUCCCGUUCAACUACUACACCACCUCUGCCAUGCUGCAAGGUGUGCUUGAGAAGCCUCUGGAUAAAAAGGCUGGCAGAAAUUAUGGCCCUCCGGGUACAAAGAAGCUCAUCUAUUUCAUCGAUGACAUGAACAUGCCAGAAGUGGAUGCUUACGGGACGGUGCAGCCCCAUACACUCAUCCGGCAGCACCUGGACUAUGGUCACUGGUACGACAGGACCAAGCUGUCCCUGAAGGAGAUCACAAAUGUGCAGUAUGUAUCGUGCAUGAACCCGACUGCUGGCAGCUUCACUAUCAACCCACGUCUGCAGCGUCACUUCUGUGUCUUCGCCCUCUCCAUCCCCGGGCAGGAUGCCUUGUCCAGGAUCUACAGCACCAUCUUAAUGCAGCACCUGACGAGCGGGAAUUUCUCAGGGGCUGUGCAAAAGUCAGCUCAGCAGCUGAUCUCUCUGGCCCUGGGCCUGCACCAGAGAGUAGCUGCUACUUUUCUGCCAACGGCUAUCAAGUUCCACUACAUUUUCAACCUGAGAGACUUCUCCAAUAUCUUCCAAGGCCUUCUGUUCUCUACCCCUGAAUGUCUGAAGCAACCCCAAGACCUAGUGAAGCUCUACCUGCAUGAGUCAAACCGGGUGUACCGGGAUAAGAUGGUUGAAGAAAAGGAUUAUGGUACCUUUGAUAAAAUCCAGCUGGAGGUGGUGAAGAAAUUCUAUGAUGACAUUGAGGAGACUUUAGAGCAGACAAAGCAAAUGAAUGUUUAUUGCCAUUUUGCUAAAGGCAUUGGCGAACCCAGCUAUAGGCCUGUUCCAACCUGGGAAGAGCUGAACCAGAUCCUUGUGGAAGCCAUGGACAACUACAAUGAAGUCAAUGCUGCCAUGAACCUGGUGCUAUUUGAGGAUGCCAUGUGCCAUGUUUGCCGCAUCAACCGUAUCCUGGAGUCCCCCAGAGGAAACGCACUCUUGGUUGGUGUGGGUGGAAGUGGCAAGCAGAGCCUGACCAGGCUGGCAGCCUUCAUCAGCUCUCUGGAGGUUUUCCAGAUCACUUUGAGGAAAGGCUACGGGAUCCCUGAACUAAAGGUAGACCUGGCGGGCCUGUACCUGAAAGCUGGUGUGAAGAACAUAGGCACUGUGUUCCUAAUGACCGACAUGCAAGUGGCUGACGAGCAGUUCUUGGUGCUGGUAAAUGACUUUUUGGCAUCAGGUGAAAUCCCCGACCUCUUCCCAGACGAUGAAGUUGAAAACAUCAUCAAUAGUGUGAGGAAUGAAGUCAAAGGCCAGGGCCUGGUGGACUCCAGGGACACUUGCUGGAAGUUCUUUAUAGAGCGUGUUCGACGACAGCUGAAGGUCGCGCUGUGUUUUUCGCCCGUCGGCAGCAAGCUGCGAGUGCGCAGCAGGAGGUUCCCCGCCAUCGUGAGCUGCACGGCGAUAGACUGGUUCCAGGAGUGGCCGCAGGAGGCCCUCGAGUCUGUCAGCCUCCGCUUCCUGCGCGAGACAGAGGCUGUGGAGGCUUCAGUGAAAGAUUCAAUAAGCAAAUUCAUGGCCUAUGUCCACACGACUGUCAAUGAGAUAUCCCGAUUAUAUCUGAGCAAUGAACGGCGAUAUAACUACACCACUCCCAAGUCAUUCCUUGAGCAAAUCAAGCUCUAUCAGAAUUUGCUACUGAAAAAGGGCAGGGAUUUAACAGCAAAAAUGGAGCGACUGGAGAAUGGCCUGGAGAAGCUCAACAGCACAUCUGCCCAGGUGGAUGACCUGAAGGCCAAGUUGGCAGCCCAAGAAGCGGAGCUGAAGCAGAAGAACGAUGAUGCUGACAAGCUGAUCCAUGUGGUGGGCAUGGAGACGGAGAAAGUGAGCAGGGAGAAGGCAGUCGCUGAUGAGGAGGAGCAGAAAGUGGCGCUCAUCACCCAAGAGGUUGAGCAGAAACAGAAGGACUGUGAAGAGGACCUGGCCAAAGCUGAGCCUGCCCUGGAGGCUGCCCAGGCUGCUCUGAACACCCUCAACAAGAAGAAUCUGACAGAGCUGAGGUCCUUCGGGUCACCACCUCCGGCUGUCAGCAAUGUCACUGCUGCUGUGAUGGUGCUGAUGGCCCCGGGAGGAAAGAUUCCCAAGGACAGGAGCUGGAAGGCAGCAAAAGCCGCCAUGGCCAGGGUGGAUGGGUUCCUGGACUCUUUGAUCAAGUUUGACAAGGAGAACAUCCAUGAGAACUGCCUCAAAGCCCUCCAGCCCUAUUUACAAGAUCCCAAGUUUAAACCCGAAUUUGUGACCACCAAGUCCUACGCUGCAGCUGGCCUCUGCUCUUGGGUGGUGAACAUCGUACGCUUCCACGAGGUGUACUGCGACGUGGAGCCGAAGCGGCAGGCUCUGAGCAAAGCCAACGCCGAGCUGGCGGCUGCCCAGGACAAGCUGGCCAGCAUCAAGGCCAAAAUUGCCCGCCUCAAUGAGAACCUGGGAAAGCUCACAGCCAAGUUUGAGAAGGCCACUUCAGACAAACUCAAAUGUCAGCAAGAAGCUGAAGCUACAGCAUGUACCAUCGCUCUUGCAAAUCGGCUGGUUGGAGGACUUGCCUCUGAGAACGUGAGAUGGGCUGAAGUUGUGAAGGACUUCAAACAGCAACAGAACACCUUGUGUGGAGAUGUCUUACUGAUUACGGCCUUUGUCUCCUACCUGGGAUACUUCACCAAGAAAUACCGGCAAGACCUCCUGGAUGGAAUCUGGAAGCCGUAUUUGCACCAGUUAAAAGUGCCCAUCCCUGUAACUCCAUCCCUAGAUCCUCUGACCAUGUUGACAGACGAUGCUGACGUAGCGGCUUGGCAGAACGAGGGGUUGCCGGCUGACCGCAUGUCCACUGAAAAUGCCACCAUCCUCACCAACUGCGAACGCUGGCCCCUCAUGGUGGAUCCCCAGUUGCAGGGUAUCAAAUGGAUCAAAAACAAGUAUGGUGAAGACCUCCGAGUGACCCGAAUUGGGCAGAAGGGGUAUCUGGACACGAUGGAACGAGCCCUGGCUGCGGGAGAACUGGUUUUGAUUGAAAACCUGGAGGAAUCUGUGGAUCCGGUUCUGGGGCCAUUACUGGGGAGAGAAACGAUCAAGAAAGGAAGGUACAUUAAGAUCGGGGACAAAGAAUGUGAAUACAACCCUGCUUUCCGUCUCAUCCUCCACACAAAGCUGGCAAACCCACAUUUCCAACCCGAGCUGCAGGCACAGUGCACCCUCAUCAACUUCACCGUCACACAGGAUGGCUUGGAGGACCAGCUGCUUGCAGCAGUGGUCAGCAUGGAGAGGCCAGACUUGGAGGAGCUCAAGGUCAAUCUCACGAAGCAACAGAAUGGAUUCAAAAUCACCUUGAAAACAUUAGAGGACAACUUGCUCUCUCGACUGUCAUCAGCAUCUGGGAACUUCCUGGGAGACACAGCAUUGGUGGAAAACUUGGAGAUCACUAAACAGACAGCAGCAGAAAUUGAAGAAAAGGUCCAGGAGUCAAAGGUGACUGAAGCCAAGAUUAACGAGGCAAGGGAGCACUACAGGCCUGCAGCCGCGCGGGCCUCCCUGUUGUACUUCACCAUGAAUGACCUCCAUGCCAUCCAUCCCAUGUACCAGUUUUCUCUGAAGGCAUUCAGGAUCGUGUUCCAGAAAGCCAUGGAGAGGGCAUCUCCAGAUGAGAACCUCAAAGUGCGAGUGCUGAACCUCAUUGACAGCAUUACCUUCUCUGUGUUCCAGUACACGACCCGGGGGCUGUUUGAGUGUGAUAAAUUGACCUACACUGCUCAAGUCACCUUCCAGAUACUACUGAUGAGUAAAGAAAUCAACGCAGUAGAACUGGAUUUCCUACUAAGAUACCCAGCACAGACCAGAGUCACAAGCCCUGUGGAGUUCCUGUCUAAUUACUCCUGGGGAGGAAUCAAGGCUCUCUCAUCUAUGGAAGAAUUCAGAAACCUGGAUCGGGAUAUUGAGGGUUCUGCAAAACGGUGGAAGAAGUUUGUUGAAUCUGAGUGUCCUGAAAAGGAGAAGUUUCCCCAGGAAUGGAAGAACAAGUCAGCUCUGCAGCGCCUGUGCAUAAUGAGAGCCAUCCGACCCGACCGCAUGACCUACGCAGUCAGAGAUUUUGUAGAAGAAAAGCUUGGCAGUAAAUAUGUGGUAGGGAGAUCCCUGGAUUUUGCAACAUCCUUUGAGGAAUCAGGACCUGCAACCCCAAUGUUUUUUAUCCUGUCUCCAGGAGUUGACCCACUGAAGGAUGUGGAGAAACAAGGGAAAAAGCUUGGUUAUACAUUUAACAACAGGAAUUUCCACAAUGUCUCCCUUGGACAAGGUCAAGAGGUAGUUGCUGAACAAGCUCUAGAUCUGGCUGCAAAGGAGGGUCACUGGGUCAUCCUUCAGAACAUCCACCUGGUGGCCAAGUGGCUGAGUUCUCUGGAGAAGAAGCUGGAGCAGCACAGUGAGGGCAGCCACCAAGAUUUCCGUGUCUUCAUUAGCGCGGAGCCAGCACCCUCCCCGGACAGCCACAUCAUUCCCCAGGGCAUCCUGGAGAACUCAGUCAAAAUCACCAAUGAGCCCCCGACCGGGAUGCAUGCGAACCUGCACAAAGCCCUCGACAACUUCACCCAGGACACCCUGGAGAUGUGCACCCGGGAGAAUGAGUUCAAGAGCAUCCUGUUUGCCCUCUGCUAUUUCCAUGCCGUGGUGGCAGAGAGGCGCAAAUUUGGCCCCCAAGGCUGGAACCGUUCCUACCCCUUCAACACUGGAGACCUCACUAUCUCUGUUAAUGUGCUGUACAAUUAUCUGGAGGCCAGCUCAAAGGUCCCAUAUGAUGAUUUACGCUACCUCUUUGGUGAGAUUAUGUACGGAGGUCACAUUACAGAUGACUGGGACAGGCGACUUUGCAAAACCUAUUUGGAAGAAUUUAUUAAGCCAGAAAUGCUGGAGGGAGAGCUCUUCCUUGCUCCAGGAUUCCCCCUCCCGGGGAGCAUGGACUAUAAUGGCUAUCAUCAGUACAUAGACGACACCUUGCCACCGGAGUCUCCUUAUCUGUAUGGCCUCCAUCCCAAUGCUGAGAUCGGCUUCCUUACCCAGACCUCAGAGAAGCUCUUCCGCAUCGUGUUAGAGAUGCAGCCCCAUGACAGCAGCAUGGGCGAAGGAGGAGUGGUGACCAGGGAAGAAACGGUGAAAGCUCUUCUGGAUGAGAUGCUAGAGAAGCUGAUAGAUGAGUUUAACAUUGCAGAACUGAUGACAAAAGUGGAGGAGAGGACACCAUAUGUUGUGGUUGCCUUCCAGGAAUGUGAACGCAUGAACAUCCUCACCAGUGAAAUAAAGCACUCUCUCAAGGAACUGGACCUGGGGCUGAAGGGAGAGUUGACCAUGACAAGUGACAUGGAGAACUUACAGAAUGCCCUCUUCUUGGACAUGGUGCCUGAGUCCUGGAUAAAGAAGGCCUAUCCUUCCACAGCCAGCCUGGGCAUGUGGUUUGCUGACCUCCUCACUCGCAUCAAGGAGCUGGAGACCUGGACGGGAGACUUUUCCUUACCCUCUGCUGUGUGGCUUGCUGGGUUCUUCAGUCCCCAGUCUUUCCUAACAGCCAUCAUGCAGUCCACAGCCCGAAAGAAUGAGUGGCCUUUGGACAAGAUGACCUUGCAGUGUGAUGUGACGAAGAAGAACCGGGAAGAUUUUGCCAGUCCUCCUCGGGAAGGGGCUUAUGUCCACGGAUUGUUCAUGGAGGGUGCGCGCUGGGAUGCACAGGCCGGGAUAAUCACAGAUGCCAGGCUCAAGGAACUAACCCCGGCCAUGCCUGUCAUUUUCAUCAAAGCCAUUCCAGCUGACAAGCAAGAUAUCCGUAGUGUGUACCCGUGUCCUGUCUACAAAACACGCCAAAGAGGGCCAACUUAUGUGUGGACUUUUAACCUUAAAACUAGAGAAAAUCCUUCCAAGUGGGUGCUCGCUGGUGUGGCGUUGCUGCUACAGAUCUAGGCUCACCAGCAGCGCGCCUCAUUUAGAAUCCCUAACAAUUUCUUUCUCAGACAAUUUUGAAAACAAUAUUCUUAGGCUAAACCCAAGUUCCAUCUCUCUGCAUAGUGGCCUCUUGGCCUAAAUAGAGCCUGCAAGGAGUUGAGAGAGGUACAGACACUUGGACCAGAUUCUUGGCUGCUGUAAACCAAUGUCCCUUAGCUCCUGCACUGCUGCGCUGGAAGAUCCAAACCCACACCCAGAUUUUCCAUACACAGAGUGUGUUAAGCUCAAAUCUGAAAUUAAAGUUCUUUUCUCUUUCAUGAUUCAAAAGUAGUUUCUCCAGAAUCAUAGGUACUUCAGUGACAUGUGAAAUUCUUUAGAUCUUCUUCUUUUCUGUAUGUGAAUGUUUCUUUCUCAUAAGUGCAAUGUUGAACCCAGCAGCUUUGGUGGAUGUGUUCUGGUUCUUGCUAAUAUUCCUAUGAACUUUAG